AUGGCGGCAAGUGCAUGUCCUGCCGCCAUGAAGCCUACCUCUAAUGGGGUUUUCCAGGGUGAUAAUCCUCUUGAAUUUGCGCUUCCUCUCGCCAUCCUACAGAUUUGCCUUGUGGUUUUGCUCACUCGUCUUCUCGCUGUUGUAUUAAAGCCCCUAAGACAACCUCGCGUCAUCGCAGAGAUUAUUGGAGGAAUAAUACUUGGGCCAUCAGCUUUGGGCAGGAACAAAUACUAUAUGAAUGCAGUUUUUCCGACAAGAAGUCUAACUGUGUUGGAUACUUUAGCCAACAUUGGUCUCGUCUUCUUUUUGUUCCUGGUAGGCAUAGAGUUAGAUCCAAAGGCCCUGCGUCGGACUGGUAAGAAGGCUCUUAGCAUAGCCGUCGGAGGAGUUAGCGUACCUUUUGCUUUAGGAAUAGGAACCUCAUAUGCCCUCCGUGCAACUGUCUCUAAAGGUGUAGAUGGGGGUGCAUUCCUUCUAUUCAUGGGGGUGGCUUUUUCUAUUACUGCAUUUCCUGUCUUGGCCCGUAUUUUAGCUGAACUCAAGCUUUUAACUACCGAUGUUGGGCGAAUGGCAAUGUCAGCUGCGGCUAUAAAUGAUGUGGCUGCUUGGAUUCUUCUUGCUCUUGCCAUUUGCCUUUCUGGAACAGGGCAGUCUCCCCUUGUAUCACUGUGGGUUUUACUGUCUGGAUGUGGUUUUGUCUUUUUCUGCAUAUUGAUUGUCCCGCGUAUAUUUGAAUGGAUGCAGAAGCGCUGUCCAGAUGGUGAGCCAGUGAAAGAAAUAUAUGUAUGUGCUACUUUGUUAAUUGUUUUGGUAGGUGCAUUUGCGACGGAUGCUAUUGGAAUUCAUGCCCUCUUUGGUGCAUUCAUUGUUGGAGUUUUGGUCCCAAAAGGACCAUUUGCUGGUGCUCUUGUAGAAAAGAUUGAGGAUCUUGUAUCAGGUCUUUUCCUACCAUUGUUCUUUGUCUCAAGCGGAUUAAAGACUGAUAUAGCCACAAUCCGAGGGCUUCAGUCUUGGGGGUUUCUCGCUUUGGUUAUAGCUACAGCAUGUUUAGGAAAAAUUGUUGGCACUGUUGCUGUCUCUCUCCUUUGCAAAAUGCAUUUCAAGGAGGCUCUUGCUUUGGGGUUCCUAAUGAAUACUAAAGGCUUGGUGGAACUCAUUGUCCUCAACAUUGGAAAAGACAGAAAGGUAUUGAAUGAUCAAACAUUUGCAAUCAUGGUUCUCAUGGCCAUCUUCACAACCUUUAUCACCACACCUUUGGUCAUGGCUGUCUAUGAGCCUAAUAAAAGAACAAGUAAUGGCAUUUACAAGCAUAGAACUAUUAAGAGAAAAGAUCCAAAUCAUCAGCUCCGGAUUUUGGCCUGUUUCUAUAGUGCAAGAAAUCUUCCUACAAUGAUUAAUCUGAUUGAGGCUUCGCGUGGAACUGAAAAGAAGGAAGGACUCUGUGUAUAUGCAAUGCACCUCAUGGAGCUCUCCGAAAGGUCAUCAGCAAUACUUAUGGUCCAUAAGGCAAGAAACAACGGAAUACCCAUUUGGAACAAAGGGAGACACUCGGAUUCCGAUCAAGUUGUUGUUGCUUUCGAGGCUUUCAGACAACUGAGCCAUGUCACUAUCCGUCCAAUGACCGCAAUCUCACCAAUGCAUGAUAUGCACGAAGACAUCUGUGGUAGUGCUGAAAGGAAACGGGCUGCAAUGAUAAUUCUCCCAUUUCACAAGCACCAGAGGUUCGAUGGAGUGCUGGAGAAUACUCGAAACGAUUUUCAUUCCGUCAACAAGAAGGUUCUUGAGAAUGCACAAUGCUCAGUUGGGAUCUUAGUAGACCGUGGGCUUGGUGGAAACACACAUGUAUCUGCCAGCGAUGUUUCUUCCAUUGUAACAGUCCUUUACUUUGGAGGGAAUGAUGAUGCAGAAGCCCUCGCAUAUGGUGUACGCAUGGCUGAACACCCUGGUAUCAGUGUUAAUAUUAUUCGCUUCCUCGCAAGCUCUGGCAUUUCAGGGGAGAUUGUUGGAGCUGAUGUGAAAGAUCACCAUUCGAGCAGUGCAGAUGAAAACUUUCUUGAUGAGAUGAGGCGAAAGUAUUCAAGUUUGGAGUCAUUUAAGAUGGAAGUGAGGGUAGUAAGAAACAAUACAGAAACUGUUGAUGCAAUCAAGGAGUAUAAUCGGUGCCACAUGUUUUUGGUUGGUCGAAUGCCUGAGGGUCCGGUAGCAGCAGCCAUGGAUAUAAAGAGUGAUUGUCCGGAACUGGGGCCGGUAGGCAGCAUGCUGAUUUCACCUGAUUUUUCAACUUCAGCGUCAGUGUUGGUGGUGCAACAAUAUACUGGUGGUGGAAUGUCUCCCAUAGCAGGAUCUUCAGAUCAAGAUACAGAAUCUAGCUGA